CUAAGAUUAGAGAGCAUGGGAAUUCAAAUUUUUUCUGCAACAAACGCAACUUCAUCAAGUGUUGAGUGUGUAUCUAUAUGUGAUUUUGCCAAAAGUAGUGUUGUUCAAAAGAAAGUCACAACAUGCCGAUUUUUCGUUCCCUGGCUACUUGAGAGGCGUUGCUGGUCAACGUAAGAAGGCCUGGCGCGUGUCAACUGCAAUAGGCUUUUUGUACGGUGCAAUAUGUAAAAAUCGGCUUUGACACCUUGGUCAGCAACAGACCAAGCAGUUGGACCACGUGACGAAGCCUCCUCGUGACGCGAGUAUGCAGCCACUUGACUCUCCUGAAUAUGCGCGUAUGCAGUAACUUGACUCUCACCAGAUGGCGGCGCAGCUAACCUUGAUGGUAUGAAGAGACUUGUUGCGGAGUUGAGACGGGAACAACAUCGGACUAGCAGGAACGCACACUAAAUGACUAGGGCAGAUGAAUGACUUACGACCGCGAAGGACUUAUAGGCAGUUACACGCGGCAAAUCCAAAAAGAAGCUGCCAGAAACUGACGACGACCAGGCACUAAGAAGUACGCUUGAAUUGACACGCGGCAAGCAUCCAACAACAAACCAACAAGAUGGUGCCUACAACCGAAUACUUAGGCGCUAUCAAGAGCUACAACAAGUCAAAGGGCUAUGGUUUUCUGGCAUGCGAGGAGCUAGCGCAGAUGUAUCAUGGAAGGGACGUUUUUGUACAUCAGAGAGUAGUCGAGGACUUCCUACGACGCCACCCAGAUCCUACAACAAACCUCUUCCAUCUAGCAGGAAAGAAUAAUGGUGGGAGUGCGGCUCAUCAUGUUAUGAAGAAGUCUACUUUUUGGAGAACGUUGUUUUAACAACCUAACUUCUAUUAAUCAGUUUUCAAGUCUACAGAUGAGUAUCAGCUAGACAUUUAGGGCACUGCUCACAAUACACAACCGAAGUUUUGCGAGGGCUUGAUUGAUGUGCAUGAAAGCGGCACUACGACUUGAUUGAUGCCCACAGAGGGAAGAUACUACUACUAAAUACUAAAUCUUGAAGAUCAAGAUACUAAAACAACUAUCUUCCACCGAUACGACCUAUCUACGACCGAUACUAAAACAACUAUCUUCCACCGAUACGACCUGUCUUCCACCGAUACUAAAACAACUAUCUUCCACACCCUUCUUUCUAAUCUUUGCAGUGGCGGAGUCCUUACUGGAGGUUCCGCCGCAUCCUCCUCAACGGCUCCGGAUAAUUUGACUGGAAUCCUAGUCCGAUUCACUAUACAGGAGCAGGGUGGACAGCCUAAGGCAUUGGAAAUACGAGGAAUCGCAAAGGGCAAGUUCCUCAUGCAGGAGAUGAUAAUCAGUACUCUUUUAGCACUAGUACAUGUCCAUAUGGCGCUUCCACAGUGAAUGAAGCUUCAACUUCGUAAAAGAGCAAACGGGAUAUAUUAUUAACUGCUGUAUAGCUGCCCAAGACUCCUACGUGGAUGAGCCUUGACUUCCAUCACCCGCUUUAAUACAAUAUUUAGGUACCCUCACGAGCUACGACCCUCCAGCGGACCUACGAAUACCCGGAUAUUGUACACUGUCAGCAGACAUCAAAAACAUAGGCACUAUGGACCUAGGCGUACCCCAGGAAGAGCUGACGAACCUAGUAUCACAGCCGCAGAUAGGCGAUAGCUUUGUUUUCGACCUUCACAGAAUGGCAGAGUUACCACCGCCAUAUGGAAGCAUGGUAUUUUUAAGUAUCUUCAUCUAACACUAAGGUGACUGAUAUCGGUCCAGAGGUAUAAGUAAUUGCAUCACGACAUUGCAAUGGGUGUACUAGAGUUUACUCAGAACAGGCUUGUUACGUCAUUUUCCUUCAUAUUUAUCAACAUCAUCGCAAUCAGAGUAGUUUAUGCCCACUACGACAGGUACCGCGUGACCUAGAACGGCUUGACGUACAUACUCGAAUUUGCAAUUUUAUGCAUCGAAAUGGGAGUCUCGGUAACACUGCUGUCCCGUAUUAUGCCGAGUUGCGGUCUCUCUUGGGCAUUGACGCCAGCCCAAGGCACACAGAAGACGAGGCAAGAGGAUCAGUAUCAGAGUUAAGGCCUCUAGGCUUGUUCUAAACUACAUCUAAGUAUCUUAAGUAGAUGCGUUCGCGGCAGCCUGCGUAUCCGAGUAGCGCUGCAACUUCUUUCCGCCACGCCGUCGCACAUAGCGUCCUGGCUGAAUCUACAGCAGCCCCAGGAUACAAAAAAAAUGAAGCGAGACCCCCUGAAAUCUGAAAUUUAUUCCUCUGAGAGAAAGCAAUUCCUUAAUUAUACUCAGAGAAGUAAGAAACAAGGAGAGAUCCAUGAGUUAAAAACGCGGUGCAACAAGAUAGCUGAUCACCUCGUGAUAGAUUUCUUCUCGAUGUCGUUUACCCCUAACAGAUGCAGUGGUGGACUCGAUCGCACCAGACCAUCCUACUUCUUAUGCGUCUGCGGAGCGGCGGUCUGUCAGUGGAAGUGCCGCCGCAACGCCCAGCCACACCUACGCACAGAUAAGCAAUGGAGCGAUACCCGAACUGUCCAACGAAGCACUAGGCGCUACUAUAACCAAAACCUCUAGUGCUGGCUCAUUUACGGCUUACCCUAACCUAUCUUCAUCUUCUAAAUCAUCUUGGUGCUGUCCCAUGACUGAGGGAGAAAAAGUUCCAAGAUGACUCGCAACAUGGGAGAUUUAUUGGGUGAGCUCUAACUCAUCUAGCCAGAUUCCCCGGCAAAGCCGAGUCAAUGCAGAGCCGAGAUUUUACGGACAAAUUGACGCGAAUGGGUACCCAGACUCGCAAUUUGGGCAUGACGUAGAGUACAUCAAUGACGGAAAGUGGUAUCAGGGGUCGCUGAAACAGUACAAGGACGACAAACAUUACGGCUUCGCCACCUCUCCCGAACUCGAUAAAGAACAACUCUUUGAGACUGGUAUCUAAUACACUGUAGUCGAGUUGGAAUAGGAAUUCCAGUCAUCAUCAGAAUUUCGAUCUUUUGCUGACCAGCAAGAUUGAUGGAUGAUUUUAUUGCUCAUACAUUUCAGGUCAAGUGUCAGCAGUCGUAGAUUAGUAGAGCUUCACUCUUCCUCCAUAUCACCGCUUUCAGGUCGAGACGUCUUUGUGCGUAAUUUAGUUGGGUUCAAAGUCGGAGAGACGAUCCAAUUUCAAGUAGUAGAUGUCGAUGGAAAGCCACAAGCGGCAAACGUCGAUGAAAUAGCCGGCGCACGCUAUGUGGGAGUGAUAAAAUCCUUCGAUCCCGGGAAAGCAUUUGGCUUCAUCCGCUGUGAGGAGUUGCAGGAUGUACUACUAUCUUUGAGAUCGUCACCUCUUGUCCUUGUUUUUUAGGGAAAGUAUCAACUUGAUCUUGAGAUGACACCUUGUCCCUCAUUUUUAGGGAAAGUAUCACCUUGAUCUUCCUUUGAUUUUUGCAGUCUAUUGCUGGCGUAAGCUCAGAGAAGGAACUACCUCACUACUACUACUACUACUACUCAUACUACUCCUCCUCCUCCUACUACUACUCGACCCGGGUCGAGGGCGUGAAUAGCCGCGCGCGCGUUUUCUCAUCUUGGGGCAAUCUGCCACGAGAUUGCUAUUAGCCGGAAACGCCGACGCAACCAGCUGCAAAAAAAGCCAUCGCGCCAGUUUCUUACCUUGGCCUCCGCCGAAACCCUGAGCAGCCGGCUUUCUGGCGAGCAGAUGCAGGCGCGUAGAAAAGCCAAUCAGCGCAGCCGAGAACCGGCUGCACAUGAUACCCACCCACGUGGGUAGGCUAUGACAGAGAUGGCGCGGCAUAUUGCGCGCCUUACGUGGUAUAACCAACGGCAUCAGUUCAAUGGCUUCCCGAUAUGUUGCGGGCCGUUAAAUGUCUCGCCGUUCGUAUGUUGCUGGUGUUAGUUGGCACAGAAAAGGACCCGGGGAAGGCGCCGCCAUUGAAGGGCGAACGGCUGGCACAACCGAAGGGCAACCAGUCUGAGCCCCCUACGCUGAUAGGCGAGCCGGUCGCGAAACUCAGCGAGCCGCCGGGACGAAUUCAGCAGAGCCCCCACAAGAGCACGCCCGUCGUUCCAGCCUUGUGCCUUGGGGCAAACGUGUGGAGGAGAUUUCUGCGUGGAGUCCAAGGCUCAGCCUGCGAUCGCUUUGCAAGCCGCUUGGCCGAGGAGAGGGCAUCGCUCUCCACCUGUCCCCCGGCGGCCGCAUGCGCGGGACGCGGAUGGGGUGAAUCUGCACGAGGCGCCGCGCAUCUUGCUCCGCCUUGCUGGUGAGGGGGUGCCCGUGUUUGACAACUCUCGCCAGGACGUGGAGGCGCUAGGGAAGCCAGUGCCAGCCUUAUGCAUGUAGACACAGCACUGCAGGGCAGGACCAUGCAAGCAAGCCCGACACUUCAGGGAGUUGCUGCCUUGCUGAUUUGCGUCGAGCGUCAUGAGCGUGCCAACCGAGAGCCCGAAAACUCUCCUGACAGCUCGGAGGGUGCCUGACCUCAUGCGGACGGCAUUGCCGGGCGGAGCUAUUCACCGGCCACCAGUUUCGUGCUCUCUUGGCAGACACCACUGCGGAGAACCCUAGCGGCCUUGGCGCUGCGGCGUCUUCUUAUCGCGUUGACACAUUUCAGCGGAAUCGCCUACAGCGCCGGAGUGAGCUCCUAGAGCUUGCCAAGCGCAAGCGAAUGGAAGACGCGCGCGAUCGUGAUGCUGAAAAGUUCGCCAAAUUCCACAGGGCGAGCGCGGGGGCUGCGGGUCUGCUCGCCGGUGGCGGGCGUGGCACUUUUGCAGCGCUUCGGCGCAGGAGAAGCAUGGGCCUCCGCCUCAUCGCUGGACGAGGUUAGCAAGGUCGCGGAGAUAGGCGCGGGGGCUUGUUCUUCUCUCGCGUAUUGCUUAGCUGAGGAAGCAACGACAUCAGAAAAGCCAUGGCGCUGCCCGUGUACAUCCGCGCAGCUUACAACGUGGGCACGAGCUUCCAGCCGCUUCUUUUUCGCUCUGGGCUUGUCUCAGUUUGAGGCGCAGGGCCUCUCCAAUGGGGUGGCGAGAGUCGACGGCCAUGAGUUGCCCCGCCGGGUCCACAAAUCUGCAGCAACAGCAUGAAAGAAACCCCAGCGGCAGCUUGACGCGGCUCCAAGUGGAAGCGGCUGCGUCUUUGCGGCUACUACAACUACUACUACCAUUACUAUACAGGUGCAUCCAGGCGACGUCUUCUUGCAGGGAGCCGCGUAUCCCGAUGCAUUUGCGCGAGAUUUUCCAGUGGGGUCGGCAGUAGAGUUUUGCCUGUGGAUCAACCUGAAUAACAAGCCACAAGCUCUACGAUUACGACCUCCAAGCGAAAAGCAACGGUUUUUCGGUAUUCAUUUUCAUUUUGAUAUAGUGAUGUUUGAUUUGUUUCUUUUCUGUGGGAUAUAGAAAUUGAUUUAUCAUCCGCAGAGAAGAAGGACAGCUAUAAUGUUCAUUGUAGUUUACUAAUCCUGCCUCACGAGACUCUUUAUUCCACGCAUCCAAAACUCAGGUUCGAUCAAAUCGUUUUCUGAAGCUAAGCAGUAUGGCUUUAUUGAGAGCAGUGAAGCAGCAAGAAAAUAUGGAGGCAGUGACGUGUAUCUUGCAGGUACGCAGUUUCCUGGUUUUGCUGUGGGGGAUCGUGUAUCAUUCGAAGUUUUACCGAGAAAGGGCAAGGCAACUGCAGAGAACCUGGCUCUCCUCACGGACGCCGGUGAAGGCAAUUUUGCAGAAGGGAAGGAUGGAGGUAGUUACAAAUGCUCCUGAUUUCGAAGUAGUUGCGCUUAUUCUUCUUAACAUGGUUGAGGUUGUGCAGAAUUACAUCGCAACACUACAAUGUUUUUCUUUUUGUUUGUUUAUAAAGAUCAUAAUCUUGUUAUUUGCCAUAGUACUCCCUCUUCUGCCCACCUAUCAGACGAUCGCAAGCGACAUUACGGGAGUAUCAAGAGCUGCAAUGCCACCAAGGGUUUUGGUUUUAUCGAUUGCGAACCUCUGAAGAAAAAGUUCAAUAUGGACACUUUUGUAAAUGCGCAACAACUAGUAGGAAUGCAAGUUGGAGAUCGGGUGUCUUUCGUAGUCUCUUUCAAAGACCUUCAACCGCAGGCGACCCAAGUACGCAGAGACACGGACAUUCCUAAAGGAAGAGUCUCCACUCAAAGUAGCCGGAGUACGUCGCAACCAAGCGGUACGACUGCGGAUGGCGACGCACCAGGUGGAGGCACGAGUUCCUCACAGCUGAAUGGGGAUCACAGGCAAGGAGCGACCUCUUCGGGAACGACGCCACGAAACGAGAACUCAACGAAUAGUAGAAUUAAGGCAAUCUACUUUUUAGAAAUCUUCUUUGAAAAAUGUGAUAUGUCAGAAGCAUGUUAACCCAGCUGGAUUUCUGUUGACAUUCAUUUAGUACAGCUGCUUUAUGUCUGAUAUAUUUUUGGACACCACAAAUUCACAAUUAAGUAUCUAACGACCUGUAAUAGACUCUGCAAGUUUCUAAUCCAAGUACAGCUGAGUUUGGUCUAGUGCCAGAUGGUGUAGUGCCAGAUGGUGUAGAUCCAGCUGCGGCGCCUACAGGAGCUGGUGCUCCAAACUACACGCACUCACAGCAACCACCAAAACGAAGUAGUACAUCUUCUUCUUCCGCGUCUAGGUCAGACGGAUCUGUGAGCGUUCCAACCGUGCUCAAACGUCCGCAAUCUAACGGCGACGAGCCGUUCUCCUUCGCCCCGUCUAGUGCUGCACCAGUGGGGAACUCUGAGACAUCACAGCACAAUCACAACCAAGUAGUGGCACCUGAACAGUUCGAUCACCUUCAUGCUGGCGUCGCUGGAGACGGCUCUGCUGCAUCAUAUGGAGUCGGAGGUCAUGGUCAUGGUCUUGCUCAACAACAGGCUACAGAUUUUUUAGGCUCAGUACCAGAUGAAGCGCCGUUUUCGGAUAGAGGUCCACCCCUAGACGGUAGCGAAGCAGCAGACAAGGCCUUGUACGACCUCUUAGCGAGUAAACUACAAGAAGCAACACUUAAUGUUGGAAACGUAGUUGGAGAAGCAGGCCACACGACUAGUAGUAAAACGCCGACGCCGCAGUCGCGAACAAAUAACGACACUCCAAAGUUCCAACCAGAGAAGCGAGUUGGGGACCAUGAGCUUCCUACGUCUAAUGCCGUUUCGGCUUCGAAUUCGAGGAGGGUAAGCAAUGUCGAGACAGUAUUGUCGAUAACAAAACAGCAGGAACAAGCGGUUGGAGAACCCGUUCGUGAUACAAAAGACCCUUCGCGGAGAGCAUCUUCCACGAUGUCAAAGAAAAAAAAUCCUGUCGACCUUCAGGGGUCCAAUACUCCACUGUCAACAACAGGGCCAGAAGAUUCCAGUAGUAGAGCGUUGGAGCUUCCAACUCCGACGAAAGAUAAAGAUGGUGAUGCUGGUCUUGACCAGCAGCAAAAACAGGAUGAGCUGCAGGUAGAUAAAACAACUACGACUGCAGACCAAUCACAUAAAAGUGCAGAUGAAGUAGUCAAUAGUAGUUGUACAGUUGAUGCCAACAAAAAACAUCAAAGAGAGAAAUCGCCUACAUCAAACGCAGCAGAAGCCGCGUCUCCGUCGAAGGUGGACGAGACCACUACAACCGGUAUGGCAAGCAGCCUCACUACGGAAGAACCCAACAAUAUCACGAGUAAAGAAUCUUGGGGUUUGACGAUGAUAAGCGAGGAGCAGCAAAAGAAGCUGGACAAGAAGCUCUGUCGCCUGUGCGGAAGCCAUAACCCUAAUUUGACCGAGAUCGAAGAGUUUCUGCAACUCGGCGCCUCACCGAACGCAGAAGACGUCUCAGGAUUUCGACCACUCAUGCUCUGCGCUAUGAACAUUACACAGGUAGUACUGUAGUCACUAGGUGGUAGAUUCUCGUAGCCUCCUUUUGGGAUUCACUAGGUAGAUUCCCGUAGAACUGUAGUCACCGUAGCCUCCUUUUGGGAUUUACUUAGCAUCUUCUUUCUGUCUCGGGGGGGUUGCGUUUCAGAUUCUCUGUUAAUCUUGCCGGUGUGCCUUGUCUUCCGCCUCACAUGUGUCAAAAUCGGUGAUAGGCUCAAACAGUCCAAUUCAGGCUUUACUUUUCUCAAUCGCGUCACACCACUACAAAAUUUAGAAAGUGUUGCUUUUCCUCAAAAAUCUCAUCAGACUACAUGCUGGCAGAAAAUUGAGCUGCUACUGGAAUAUGGAGCUGAUUUAGAAACGCCGACGCGGACACAUUCCUCCGUUUUGGCAUGGCUGAAAGAGAGGAUAGGCGAUGACUUUUCUUUCCAGGUCUCGAAGCUUCAUCAUGCCAUCACUACUGGUGGAGAUCGGCCAAGGGAGGAACACGGAUACCUCUUUCAGGACAAUAAUGAACUGAAUGACUAAACCGAUUGAUGCGGCGUAGAAACACCUCUAUCAAGAUAUGCUGCGCAAUGAAUGCAGCCGCAGGACGCAAAAUGCGCUAUGAAACUGACAUCCUGCAGCAACUCUGGCGCCGAAUUGUAUGCACGAUUCUUCCUCAUAAGUAUAUCACAGACAACGCAUAGUUUCGCUUAUGCCCACAGUUCUUGCAUCAGAUUAGUGUGGGUUGGUCGUCUAGUUUAGCCUAUCCUUUUGGGUCGUAAACGAACCCUAAGAGGAAGCUGUCUCGUUCUCACCUCCUUCUAGCUCAGUGUCAUAAUCAUGCCUUCUCUAAAAAAGUUCUGUACUCCAUAUGUGGCCAUACUCUUUUCGAUUUUCAUCAUAGGAUGGACAUCACCAUAACCAAAUGGAAAAAGAAAACUGUAAUUGUGAGCACCAUCACCACUACCUAGUAGUAGUAGUCAGUGUAUUGUAAAUGCUUCUGCUUCACCAGCAUCACCGUUGUACGCGAUGAAGGUUAUUGGCAAGCAAACUCAGCAUCAAUUUCGAACUCAACUUGAGCAAUUCUACAUCUGUAAUUUUGAACCUAUGCCUAAAAAAUGCUCGAUAUGUCGAUGUACUCUCAUCUCAGAUCAUAAAGAUUCAAUUCUCGUCCAACAUUGCUUUGAAGAUACUAUCACAUAUUGUCCAUUGCCUGCUACUCGAUCAGUACAAUCACCAUCAGACAUGUUGUCGUCUUUUAUUCGAGGUUGUUGUAGAAAGAAAACUAUGUAAAGUUGUGUCAAGAAGUUUCCAUGUCGUGAUCCCAGACUCAUCUUCAGUUAUUUUUAUUUCACGCUCAUCGUGGUUCUUGUGCCGCAUACACGAAAGAUCCUUGGUAGAAGUGUUGUACUUAAUUAUGAAUGAUUCAUCUGAACCAAAAAAUGUUAAUGUUUAUUUUUGUCCGCAAUACAUGCGCAUCCACCUUUUAGUCUAUCACUUCUAUCCGGGUUCAAACCCUGCUUCUGGAGGGCUUUUGUGUUGGCCUGGAGGAGAAAUAGCCUAUAAUCCCCAAAAAUGCCAAUAAUCGACGUGUGUCAACAUCGAUUGAUCCCAGGACCAAUAAAAAAAACCGGGAUAACCAUAUCUGUG